UAGUUAAAUCCCCAGUAUAAAUUAAACUUGGUGGACUAUAAUACUUAUCCUUCCAUAUAAAAAAACACAAAGUCUGACUGACCCUUCUUUGUUCAUAUCCAAGUAGACAAACAUACAUCUUUCCUUUUACUUUCUCUGCCAUGAAGUUUCCUCCUCAUUCCUUCUUCCUCUUCUUCAUGAUCAUAUUUCUAAUGCAGUUUAGCAAUGAAAUAUAUGCAAGAAAAGGUCCUGAAGAAUAUUGGAAGGAGAUCAUGAAAGACCAACCAUUACCAGAAGCUUUAAAUGGUAUAAUUGAACCAAAAAGGUUAAACCCAUCUGAGAAAACAUCAUUUUGGAGUCAUUUUAAAAGAGAUUUUGAUGUGACUUCUAAUGUCAUAAUCUACCAUCCUCAUCAACAAAACAACCAUCUUUCUCCUUCAAUUUGAGUUCAAGAUUCAGGGUUAUAAUUAAAUUUUGUGUAUCGAUGGUUAAAAGGUCGAAUCUCUAAAAAAAAAUUCAAAUUAAAGUUUUAUAUUUCUACUGUUUAUUUGAAUUUUGCACCAUAUGGCUUAUAAAAUUUUCACGUUUAUAAGGUAUAUGGUACUUUCUCAUAGAUAUGACUUAAAAAAUUCUCACGUUUAUAAGGGAAUAUAUUUUAAUAUUAUUAAAUAUUAGAUAUUAUUAUUAUUAUAAUUAUUAUUAUUUAAUGUAAUGAGGAAUUUAAUUGGGUGAUUUCCAAUUUAAUGUGAAGAUAAUUUGCAGAUAGUUAGGUAUCAGUAAUUCAGGGUUGUAACUUAAUUUCUAAUACUAAUUAGUAAUUAGUAUGUUUACGAUAUAUUUAAGGCAAUUUAUUUGUAUGUAUAUGGAUAAUUAACAAUCCUGUUCUUGUGUUUUGUUGGAUAGUUGUUGUGUUAUGAUUUAUGUUUGAGUGGAUCAUUUAUAUAAAUAAAU